AGUCAGACAGCACAGCAACCGACUUGACGAGCGAGCCGUAGCACAAUGCAGUUAGCUAGCUAGCUAGUUAGAAUCGUAGUGUAAUUCAUGCACUUCAGCGUUUGAGAAGAGGUAAAAGGUUUUUUAAAAGUCGCGUGCCACCGACAAGCUGUUUUGUUUUAUUUAUAACUGAGGGUAGCUAAUGUGACUUGCUAACCAGACUGGCUAACGUUAGCUAGCUAACUGCAUUGCAACCGAAGCAGGACGGUGGUUGCAUAAUGCAAUGCAGUUCAAGUUGUUGACAUCUCCUUGAGACUGAGUAACUUUUUUGGAGAUCAAUCGUCUUAUGUUCAGUUAAGCUCUCCGGGAGGAUGAGGUAGCGUCAGAGGUCUGAAGAAAGUGAAAACGUUAGAUAGGCUCGGGUUAGGACGGAGCGGAUACAACUGCGGAUGUGGGUUUACCUUGGUCGUGACAGAAGAGAGAGAACGGAUUGUUGCAAAGUUAAUUUGAAAGUACGAGACAGAGGAGCAAAAUGAAAGUUAUGGAGAAAAGCGUGAUGCGUCUAGUGGCUGUGCAGCACCUCCGCACAGCGUACGGGAUAAAGACAAAGAACUGGAACAAAAACAAAGCAGCCAGCUGUAAGUCGACAUCCAGCCACUCGACAAAGGUUUUUGGGGUCUCCCUGGAGAGUUUGCCGUACUAUAAUAUGGAAUGUGGGAGCGUGCCAAGUUUUCUGGUUGAUGCGUGUAUGAAGCUGCUGGCUCACGUCGAUACAGAGGGCCUGUUCAGAAAAUCAGGCUCUGUCAUUCGCCUGAAAGCACUCAGGGCAAAACUGGAUGCGGGUGAGGAGUGCCUGUCCACUGCGCUUCCCUGCGAUGUAGCCGGUCUGGUGAAGCAGUUCUUCAGGGAACUGCCGGAGCCUGUUCUGCCCCCAGAGCUACAGGAGGCCUUCCUCAAGGCCCAGCAGCUCCCCACCGAGGAGGACAGGACCUCUGCCACCAUGCUGCUGUCUUGUGCGCUGCCUGACAGAAACCUUUGUGCCCUACGUCACUUUUUCGACUUCCUUCAUAAUGUGUCUAUGAGGAGUGCAGAGAAUAAGAUGGAUAGCAGUAACUUAUCUGUAAUAUUGGCUCCUAACCUCCUUCACUUUGGAGAUGGCACAGAGAAGAUGAACGCAAACACUGAGAAACGCCUCAAGCUACAGGCAGCUGUAGUGCACUGCUUCAUAGAGAAUGCCUCCAACUUCGGAGUGUUACCACAGUUCCUUCAAGCAAAGGUUCCAGCCAUGAUGGGCUGUGAAGGAGGGGUUCUGUCCCCUUCUCGCGAUGAACUUGAGGAGCUGGAAUUAAACUCAGGGAUGAAAAGGAGAAACGGACGCAGCUUCGGAGAUAUGGUCAAUGGUGCUCUGAAUAAGAUAAAAACUAACAGAACACCCACAUAUGCCACCCAGUCAGACAGUCUUGUCUUUUCCUCUGCAACUCCUGUGAUUGCAACGCCGACAUCCAAGCGAAAACUUCCUCUGGAAUCUGGUCACUCUUUUGGCUUCUCAAACAAGAAACGUAGAUCUGUCAAAAAGAACCUGGGGAUAGAUUUACUUCCCAAUACACUGUUCAGCGGAAUCUCCACUCCUGGAUCAGCUUACAGUGCUUCGGGGGUCUUGGACUCUUCUCAAAGUGCCCUGUCCCCAGCAGGCAGGUCCAGAAGGCAGUCAGCUACCUCCACAAGGAGGAAGAGUCAACGACUUAGCAACAGACAUGCUGUCAGCAGAGUUGAAUCUGGAAGGGCUGGCUGCUUUUCUCCUAAAGUCAGCAAAAAAGAAGCAGUUCGCAAAUCCCUGCGCUUGCGUUUUAGCCUGGGGAAGAGCAGCAAAGACGCUGGAUCUGAGUCCAUUGGCUGGCGACUCGCCACUCAGGAGAGCACCACCAGUUUUCGUUUCACCAAAGAGACAGAGUUCAGUCCAUCAGUUCUCCCUGGAAAAACAGAAUGCAAGAGCACCAAGUACAUCAGUAAGUCUGAAGACAACUUGCUGACCCCACAAUAUGACUCAAGUGCGCACGGGACUUCAUGGAACCGGGAGACCCCUGUUGGAGCCCAGGCGUUCAGCGGAGGGUCUUUCACGGAUACGCCCAUGAACAUAUGCCUAAAGAACAACUACACGUCUGAGCCAGCCAUUGUUGUAUCCAAGCCUCCAGCAGUGACCAGCUUUCCCAAGAAGCUGUGCUGCGCUUCCAGCGCCGAGAGCCUCGAGAGUGAGAGCGCCAUCACUGAAGCCCCGAGACAAACUGGUCCCACGCUGCUGAAAAUCAAGACGGCCUUCACAGAGUCAGGCAGUGACCUCCAGGCCGUCGCUCAGGACUCCUGCAGCCCCGCCGGAGCAAAUACGACAAAACCAUCAGACAGCAUCCCAGUCCUUCCACCAGUGCUGUCUUUGGACACUGAAGCCUCUGGCCUCCCAACUCAGCAGAGCCUUCUGGGUAAUGAACAGAACAUUACCUUUGGCCAGAUCGAAAUUGCCGCUUUGUCUCCUUUGCAUAUUGAUAGUGUAGUAUUUGAGUCUGAUGCAUGCUGUAGUCCAGCAGGAAAGACGUAUAAAAGUUCUCUGAGUGUAGCUCCUAUCGCUAGCCUUAAUAACUCCAUGGUGGGAGACAGUGAAAGCGAGGUAGAGCAGGUGAACUGCAGCAAGCUGAUCGAUGCGCUGGACAUCCAGAGUCCUGCUCACUUCAGACUGGGUGUCAACUCUGGACUGCAGUCCACACCAUACAAGCUGGCCCUAGAACUCAGACAUGAGCAUGGUACACCGCCUAGAGUUGGUACUCCAGGCAACAUAGUACAUGAAAAGGAUGAAUUUUCCCCAGAGGUUGGUAACGAAGCUCAAAACCAACAACCCGGCUCACCAUGCAUCCCGUGGACUGAAAAGUGCCGGGUAGCAGAGCACAUUCAACGUUUCAACACGCUAACCCUUCAUUCUCCCACAGGCUCCAAGGCCAAACAGAUUAGGUCACCUCUCAAGUUCCAGCGCACCCCUGUGCUUCAGACUGUCCGCAGGAUGAACUCUCUUCUGGAAGAGAGCAGGAGACCCACUAGAACUGCAGGACUCGCCACCAGCCAGAGAAGUCAAGUCACAAAGGCAGUGAGUCUGGAGAGUGGCCUCUCCCCUCAGCCGCAGCUUCAGCCUUACCAGGGAGAGCCACAGGCAGGAGGGACCAACAGCACGUGUCCCAUAAAGAGACCACCUCCAGUCCCACACAAAAAAGCAAGCACCUUGGCUCGUAAACCCAAACCCUGUGCUUUAGGUGAUGUGACCAACAAGGUCCAACCAAAAGCCAAAGUGGACUCUUCUAUCCCUGAACCUUCAGGAGCUCAGAAGCCUCUCGUGCAACAGGCUGUAGAGAAUAAUAUGAACCAUUACAGAGGAUCACCUAGGAACCCUCUCCACCAAGGACGACUGAUGUCUGCUACCAAGCCUGUAGAUUUAUAGUUCAUCUUCUUUUUUUUUCGCUCUUUUCUGUUUCUUACUAUGCAGGUCUCUGUCUGGAAAAAUUACAUGACAUUAAACGUUCCAACAUAUAUUAUCCAUAUUUUCAGGGUUUUUAAUUUAUUUUUAGCUUCAGUAGGCGCUGUUUGUGUUUUGUUAGUGUCUUAUUGGGAGAAGUUUGUAUGCCUUGUUUUACUGAAGUAAAACAAGUUUAGAAGCAAAAUAUCGACACAUAUCAGCGCAUAAGAUUAUAUGUUAAGUAGUGUUUAGACUAUAGUGAUCAGGCCAAAUUAUGUGACAGGAUUGAUGGUAUGACUGGAAUGUUUUGAUUGAGCCUUUUGCUUUUAUUUAUGUAUUUUAUAUCUAAUCCAUAGGUAGAUGUUUACUGAGGUUGAAGCUGUUUUUUUUAUUUUUUUUUAUUUUUGUCAUAAACAGAGAAAAAAAAUGCACCUUUUUGUUGAAUUUUAUGAAAGAAAAAAAAAAAGCCAAGCAGUGUUGAUCAAACCAUCUGUUUAUUGCAGUCCAUUAAUUUCAGAACCAUCAAACAGUAAAAUGCUUUGUCACAUGAACUGCUUCAGACCAAUAAAAUAAA